AUGUCGUUGGCAAGAAUAUCGAGAGCCAGAAUUCUGAGAACCGGCUCACGUGGCCUGCCGGUCCGUGUUGCUGUGCCAGUCAUUUCGGCCCGGCUCAAUUCAGGCCUCUCUAGCGAACCAAGCAAACAUACCACCGUUCUCUCAAAAAACUUCACUGAUCCCGCCCGCAAUUCGUUUUUUGAAUACACAUGGGGAACCUGGUUAACCAAUGAUGCCGAGGAAAAGCUCAAGAGACGCACUACUUUCUCCAUUGAAGGGCUCAACGAUCUGCUAAGAGAGCUGUAUACCAAGUCACACGGCGAGUAUGCCAAAUCAACGGAAAUCCAAUCUGACAAGACUGUGACAAAGAAGGCCUCGAGCUGUGAAAGCCUUGACUUUUUGAAAUUCCCUAAUAUCAAUGUUCUGACCCACAACGUUUCCGUGGCCCAUUUGGGUAGUCUGAACCCCAACGAAGACCUCAACACAAAAGAGAUCAGUUCUAUUCACGAGGGAAAACACCACAGAAUCUACAAGGUGGUGACAAACUCUGAUCGUGAAUUUGUUUUGAGAUUACCCUAUCGCGGAUUGUAUGCUGCACAUGAACAGUCAGAACUCGGUCUCAAACGUAAGAUUCAGAGCGAGGUCGCCACGAUUGAUUUGGUUUCGGAGCGUAUCUCCACCUCGAAGGUGCUGGCAUAUGCUACGGAUUCCAACAAUUGUGUUGAGUCACCUUUCAUCUUGAUGGAGUUUACCAAGGGCACUUCUUUGAUCCGUGAAUGGAAUCCACUUAGCGAGAACCAGAUGGAGGUCAAGUCUGUGAUUGAUCAGGUCAUGGAAUUGAAUGAUGCCGGUGCUCUGUCCAUCGAGGGGUUCCAGGGAUUUGGAUCUGUUUAUUUCAAGCACGAUUGUCCCGAGGGGAUUCCCGCUUUCAAGGAGGAAUCGCCCUAUGUGAUUGGUCCAAUCGCUGAAAGCGAUAGUUAUCUUGGUGCCACAGAAUCACCUGUUGGUCCCUGGAAACUCGAUGAGCCUUUAAAAAUUGUCGAGGAUUACUCUUCCAACUUGAUGGAGGCUUUUAAAGACAACGAGAGGGCUUUGGGAGUAUAUUCCAAGCUGAAUAAACUUGCUCCAGUUCUGUUCAACCCUGAUUCGAAGAUUUUGCCCAACUUCAAAGAGCUUUUCUCUCCCAGAUUGUUCAUCCCUGAUCUUGACCCUAUCAAUGUGUUAAAGUCUGAAGAUUCUAUAUCUCUGCUUGAUCUCGAACAGAGCUCUAUCAAACCUUUUAUUCUUCAUUCGUACCCCAAGUUUGUGGCCUACGACGGACCAAAGAUCUUUACCGUUGAAGAGCUCGAGGAAAUUAAAAAGGAGACCCACGAUUUGGAGAUGGUGAUGCAAUACGAUUACAUGUUCAAGCGCACUCGAAACCAGUUUCUAUGGGAGCUUGCACUCAAUAACAGACGCAAGGAGCUGAUUGGUGCUAUUUCACCAGCGGUCAAAUUGAUCAAGUCUGGCUAUGUCGCUACCGUUGAGGACCCCGAGAAUUAUCUCACUGUAGAGAGAUCUCUAAUUGAUCUUUGCGAGAUGUGGGAAGGCUAUGCUCAACACGGACUUGUGAAAGAAGCUGAGUGCCCAGUGAAAUUCUCGCCAUCAGAGGUGGAGAGAAAUACACAAGAACUUCAACAGAAGGAGCAGGACAUGGUCAAACCAUUUGCUUUGACCCAAGGCUGGAUUCCCCAGGAUCUGUUUGCGAAGUUGUAUUCUCAGAAGGUGAUUACUGAGAGUAAUGUUGAGGGCAAUUAUGAGAUUGAUGUUGAGAAGGCCAUGGAGGGAAUGGAGCCAGAAGGGACUGAAGAUAAAUAA